AUGAACCACACUAGCGUUUUUGGAUCUUAUUGGAAGAAUGGGCAGUGGGGUUACAAAUGCUGCCAUUCUUUUAUAAAGAAUUCUUUCUGUCUGCAAGAGGAAGGACUAAAAGCUGAGAAAGAAAGCGCUGCUACAGUGGAGAGAAUGGGUACGCUGCAUUUAGGUAAACGUCGCAUUCUCCUUAAUGUGGUCAUUCCAGAACCAGCUGCUCCGACAGUCGAAGCUCCCACAACGAAAACAACCAAAAAGGAGGAACCUGACAUGUCAGAUCAAGCUAGUCCUAAGUCAGAGCCUGAGGAAGCUUCUUCAUCUAGCUCGUCAAGUGAAUCUGAGGAAGAAGAUUCGGAAAAGGAGAGGGAAAUGGAACGAGAACGCGAGCGCAGUAAGUAUUCCUAA